AUGCGUAGCCGUGGCAUCCUUCGCUGGUGGGCUGCUGCUUGGCAGCUGCAUCGCCUUGGUAGGUCUUCGUGGUUUCCUGCUGCGGCAAGAUACCCUUUUGCGACAAAGCUCCCUAGAGAAACUGGCACCAUCACCCAAUGCUGCCAGCAAGCCAGCUGGAAGGCCCCUCCGUGGCCAGUGGGGCCACAAUCUUCAGGACGUGUUCCUCCCCCUCCUUCACCUGAUUCACCCGGUCAAGAUCCUAGUGGUGUGCGAGAGUGCCGGCAGCGCUCAUGCCUAGGCAGUGAUAUUUCUGAAAUCCAUAGGUCCACGAUCUUGCUGGCGACGGGCAAGGAGCGGUUGCCCAUUUUUCAUGGCCCGGGUUUCUUCCCACUGUACGUCGUCACAGCGGACAUCGAGGCACAGGCCCUUUUCGAGGUGGGGGCCAACAGCCUAUUGUAUGCAUUGGAACCGUUUCAGGACUUGCCAUUUACAGACUUUGCGGCGGACAUGGUUGUACUUGAUGUGGGCGCGUUUCCGAAACACUUGCUGCGAGGUGUUGUCACUGAAGCCGUACGAAUUUUGGCACAGUUGACAUCUCGCAGUUCAGCCCACAGGCAGGCUGGGAAACUUGUUGUGGCUGGUUCCUAUGCCCACUCCUUUGUGCGAAGGUUGGGCGUAGUCCCAGGCGUGCAAAGGAUGCGGGAUGAGACCUAUGUUUGGCGAGCGUUCCAUUGA